UUUCAAAAUCGGGUGGCUUUGCUCAACCCUGACAUGGAGACCUGAAAGUAUUCCGCUACACGCCAGCUCAAACGCAGUGUAACUUUGUUGGUGCCAUGUCUCUCCGUACAGUCGCAUGCUCGCUCACGCGAGGAAUAAACCGCACACCUUCACAAUUGGCGACAUGGUCAGCCGCCCGAACAUACGCCACCGAAUCCAAGAAAAAAGCACCCGUCCACCCACCACGCCGCACCUACUUACACAACCAAUACGAAAGCAUCAUUAACAACGAUCGCAUCGUGUUCAUAUUCCAGCACAACAAUUUGACCGUCAAGGAAUUCACAACGAUUCGACAAGAACUUGCCCAACUCGACGCACCUACCAAACUGACCGUGUUACGUUCCGGUGUCUUUAACUCUGUUCUGCGAACGACCAAAUACGCCAACUUGGAACCUUUGUUGGCCGGCGGUCCAGCAUGUGUUUUGCAUACCAACCUGAGCGACCAAGAGCACCCUGGUCUUUUGAAAAAGGCGAUGCAGGUCAUCAACAAGAACAAGAAAUUGACGCUUUUGGGUGGUAAGGUGGAUGAAACGUUAUUGUCGUUUGCCGAUGUCAACAAGGUCGUCGAAUUACCUGGUCUUGAAUAUGUCCGUGCUGAAUUGCUUGGUGUCCUGGAAUCACCUGGUCGCAAGUUGUUGGGUACCUUGGACUCGCCUGCACGACAGUUACAUAGUGUCUUGGAUAGAAGAACUGAAUAAGCAACAAACACGAUCUCCAGUGUCUAAUCUUUUCUCUCUCUCCCUUUCUCUUCUAAUCCUCCCUCUCCCGCUACCCCGCAAAAGUUUGUUGUUUCUCCCAUCUUGUUAUAUUAGUUAGAACGCAUGUUUAUUUAAAAAAUGUAGGUAUACUGUAAAAAAUGGCCGUGGGUGAUAUUGUAUCUGAUUGACAAAAAUGGUGGGGGGUGUGAUUAUGCGAUUGUGAUGGCGGCAGCAAUGAAUGCAGCUGCUGCUAGAUGACAAUUUGAAAGAAGUCUAUGGCUAUCGCUGGUCGAUCCGUCAAUAUCCAUACCAUUUCCAGGCAAACCAGAUUUUGGAUGCGCUACACGCGACUUACACACAAAGGAAUUGCCCUUGAUCACACCUCCCUGCUUCAAAUGACCAACGUCGUCGCAUGAAAAUUUCUGACUGGUCGUUUGCACGUUCAAUCCACCACGGACCUACAUAACGCCAAUAAAAUACAGAUUAG